AUGUCUGCUGCCGACCACGCUGAUGAUCUUAUCGACUACGAGGAGGAGGAUGAGCAAACCAUCCAACAAGAGACUGCCGCCGCUCAACAAGCUGACGCCUUGAAUGUGGAUGAUGAAGACAAAAAGGACAAGAAGGGUUCCUACGUUGGUAUUCACUCUACUGGUUUCCGUGAUUUCUUGCUGAAGCCUGAACUCUUGAGAAGUAUUGUGGAUUGUGGUUUUGAGCAUCCCUCUGAAGUUCAACAAGAAUGUAUUCCUCAAUCCAUCUUGGGUAUGGAUGUCCUCUGUCAAGCCAAGUCUGGUAUGGGUAAGACCGCCGUCUUCGUGUUGGCUACUCUGCAACAACUGGAGCCCGUCAACGGUGAGGUCUCUGUCAUUGUUCUCUGUCAUACACGUGAAUUGGCCUUCCAAAUCAAGAACGAAUACGCUCGUUUCUCCAAGUAUCUCCCUGAUAUCCGUACCGAAGUCUUUUAUGGUGGUGUUCCCAUGACUAAGGAUGUCGAGAUCUUGAAGGACAAAGCCAGAUGUCCCCACAUCCUCGUUGGUACUCCCGGCCGUGUUUUGGCUUUGGUCCGCGACAAGCACCUCAAGUUGGCUAAUGUCAAGCACUUUGUGCUCGAUGAAUGUGACAAGAUGUUGGAGCAAUUGGACAUGCGUCGUGAUGUGCAAGAUAUCUUCCGUGCCACUCCUCACCACAAGCAAGUCAUGAUGUUCUCUGCCACUUUGGCCAAGGAGAUGCGUCCCGUCUGCAAAAAGUUCAUGCAAAAUCCUUUGGAAAUCUAUGUCGAUGAUGAAGCCAAGUUGACUCUUCACGGUCUGCAACAAUUCUACAUCAAGAUGGAGGAAAGAGAAAAGAACCGCAAGCUGAACGAUCUCUUGGACACAUUGGAAUUCAACCAAGUCUGUAUCUUUGUGCGUUCCGUCUCUCGUGCCAACGAGCUGAAUCGCAUCUUGUCCGACUGUAACUUCCCCAGUAUCUGUAUCCACUCUCAAAUGAGCCAAGAUGAACGUAUCAAGCGCUACAAGUCAUUCAAGGAUUUUGAGAAGCGUAUCAUGGUUGCUACUGAUAUCUUUGGCCGUGGUAUCGAUAUUGAAAGAGUCAACAUUGUCAUCAACUACGAUAUGCCCGACAGUGCCGACACCUAUUUGCACAGAGUGGGUCGUGCUGGUCGUUUUGGUACCAAGGGUCUUGGUAUCACAUUCGUGUCUGAUGAGAAGGAUACAGCUGUCUUGAACGAUGUUCAAAGCAGAUUCGAAGUCAACAUCUCCCCACUUCCUGAGGAAGUUGAUCUCAACACCUACAUGACCUCUUAA